GUAUUUCCCGUUCCUUAGUUUAGAUUGCGUUUGUCAGCUGUUCAGUUCAGUUCAAUAUGGAAGUGUUGGUAGUUGCAAUUGCUUUGUUAUAAAGACUUUGGAACGAGAUAAACACAAGCAGAUCGUUGAGUGCAAUCCGUCUCGUGCAAUUUAUGCAAAAUUUCGCUCGUAACGUGGAUGUGUUGACACAAGGUCUCAAGUACGGUAUAUCCGGCCUCAUGAACCUCGCAAAUCAGACUUCUGAUUCUCAGAAUGGUGUUUUUUUUGUCAAUUUCAACCAAGAUUGCACAUCAUUAGCAGUUGGAUCCAAGUCUGGAUAUAAAAUAUUUUCUCUUAGUUCUGUGGACCAUCUAGGAAAAAUAUUCGAAAAUGACACAGAAGAUGUAUUUAUUGUCGAAAGGUUGUUCAACAGCAGUCUUUUGGCAAUGGUUAGCCUAUCUUCCCCCCGCAAACUCAAAGUUUGCCAUUUUAAAAAAGGAACUGAAAUAUGUAACUACAGUUACUCAAACACAAUUUUGGCUGUGAAACUCAAUAGAGCGAGAUUGGUAGUAUGUCUGGAAGAAUCUUUAUACAUUCACAAUAUUCGAGAUAUGAAGGUGCUGCACACAAUUCGAGAAACACCACCAAACCUAGCUGGACUUUGUACACUUUCUAUAAACAGCGACAACUGUUAUUUGGCCUACCCUGGUUCGAAUACCAUUGGAGAAGUUCAAAUUUUUGAUGCGACUAACCUGCAAGCCAAAACAAUGAUUCCAGCUCACGAUAGUCCUUUGGCAGCUCUUGCUUUCAGUCCUAAUGGAACAAAAGUUGCAACUGCAUCCGAGAAGGGCACUGUCAUCAGGGUCUUUAACGUUAAUGAUGGCACUAAACUGUUUGAGUUUCGGCGAGGGGUGAAAAGAUGCGUCUCGAUAAGUAGUCUUGCUUUUAGUAUGGAUUCAAUGUUCCUUUGUUGUUCCAGCAACACGGAGACUGUGCAUAUUUUUAAGCUGGAGGAACCCAAGGAAGCGCCUCAGCAACAGCCAGAAGAGGCCCAGAGUUGGAUGGGCUACUUAACGAAGGCAGUUUCCGCGUCGGCGAAUUACUUACCUUCUCAAGUCACCGAUGUGUUUAAUCAAGGUCGUGCCUUUGCAAGUGUUCAUUUACCUUUUCAAGGGUUAAAAAAUGUUUGUGCCAUCACUACCAUACAAAAAGUGUUGAGGCUUCUCGUCGCCAGUGCUGACGGUUACCUUUACGUAUACAAUUUGGACACGAAUGAAGGGGGUGACUGUACUCUUUUAAAACAACACAGAUUGGAUGGUAAACAAGACGAAGUAGACUGUGCUACUGUUUCGACAACUGGAUCGGGAGAGAGUUCCGUAACGGCCAAUCAGGCUGUUCCAAAUUCAGCCUGCAUAAAUAGCUACGCGGGUGCGUUGCGUGGCCGCUCGCCAGACUCCAUGUCAGGUACUGAAUCGGAAAAGUAUCACGAAUGGAUAGCAGCAACGGAGAGUCCACCGAAAGGAGGUGGACCUUUUCGUUUAGACGACGACACAGAAUUUCCACCAGUUACACAAAGAACGGAAUGAAGGGAACAUAUUCCGCAUAUCAAAAGACGAAAAAAAAUUUUCCAGAGGAUAGAAAGUGCUUUGUGAUCAUAAAAAAUUUCCUCUGUGAUUUCUCAACACCAAGAUAGUACGAAAAUUUGCAGUUUACAUAUUAAAAAAAUGGGAAAUUCAUUUGCGACAAUAUUUCUUUUCAAAUUUAGUUGUUAAAUGCAAUUACUUUUGAAGCUGAGAUGGAGUACACAAAACAAAAGGACAGGAAAUGAAUAUUUCCAGUGUUCAUAGAUUAUGGCGUUAGAUUAUUUGUAUCUAAUUUAUUAAUUUAAAAUCAUCGGUGCCAAUUCGUAGACCGGUUGGGACUUGACCGACAUUAAUUAUACGCUUCCGAGCGAAUUGUUUGUACAUUAUUAUUAUUAUUAUUAUUUGAUUAAUACCAUUAUCCUAAGUAUGGUAGAACACACUGUAUUUGUCGUAACUCUUGUCUGUGUAAUAAUAUGUAACCAAAUGAGCAUGUAUUCGAGUUACCGUAGAAAUUACUGAAUGGAGUGUACGACUCGCAUAUGCUAGGCCAGUGUCACACAUAUAUCCAUAAUAUGUUCUUCGGUUUUAUACUAACGAACCUUGUUUAGUAUAUAUAUAAAUAAUAAAACUCUGAUGACAAAUGUACAUACAUAAAAUUGUUAACACAUUGAUGUCAGUACUCGUAAGAUUAUUAUUUUUAUUAUCAUAUUAUCAUUAAUACAUACAUCAAUUGUAUGAUUUAGGCUCUCAUACAUUAAGAUAAUGCUUUCCUAAAAACUUCCACUCUUAGAUUCUCAAUAUGACUACCCAUAAGUGGAAAAAUGUGAUGAUAGAAUGUACAGAUAUUAUCAAACGAUUACUUGUUUAUCAACAUCUCAAAGUAGGAAGUCAACUUUUUGUCUAAUAAAAAUUCACUUUUCUCUAA